GGAAUAUUCGCGGUUUAACUUGUAGGACAUCUCUUUUGAAAGUUCCGCUAAUAAAAAUGGACCCUUAUGGAGCAGUAUCGGCAGAUCUAUUCGACAUACCAGCUGCGGAACAAGAAAUAACUGUUGGGUCUAAUGAUCAACCAAUUGUAUCAGGCAAUGCAAAUUUACCAGGAGUUGGACAUUCUGCUGUAUCUAGUGCAGGAACCAUCACUAUGGGAGCAGAUGGAACCUUACACUUUCAAAAGGCACCAUCUGGUCAACAAGGCCCACGCGUCAUAAUGUUGCAAAGGAGUGCCCCAGGGUCUGGACCGACUGUGCCAAACUCGCCGGUUCAACGUCCAGGAUUAAAGACUGUGAAGAUAAUUACUGUUCCGGGUCAAGGUGCUGGAGGUAAACCUCUAAAGGCAGCAGUGAUACCAAUGCAUAUGCUCCAAAGAACUGUCAAAAUACUUCCUGCUGGGGGUCAGCAGGUGAUAAAUUCUAGCGGCGCUACUGUAACAUCAAAUUUCCCACGUGUUCUUACCAUCCGUCCUCAGUUAUCAUCUGGUCCCACAGUCUUGACCGGUGCUACCACUAUUACACCUGUGAGACCUGGCACGCUGAUUUUUUCUGGUGCUCCGUCGACACAGUUCACUGGAUCUUCUGUCAACUAUCAAAGUUCUGAGGAUGUUGAAAAUCAAAUGAUUAUAGGGUCGGGAGGUGAAAUUAUUAAUGGAGCUCCUCACGGUGUCCUUACAACUUCUGGUUAUUACGAUAUAAAUAUGCAUAAUGCCGCUGGCUUCGAACACUCAGCCAGUUCGGCUGGUCGUGAGGAGGGUGAAGAACAAGAACAGGUUACAACCGGUCUGAAAACCAAUGGUCUUCGACGUUAUGCCCGUUGUGUUUGUAACAAGGUUAAAGAGAAAGGUAUAACUUCCUAUAGUGAGGUUGCUGAUGAGCUUGUACACGAGUAUGCUGCUGAACAUCCCAUGAUUCCAUCUGAACAACUUCAUUAUAUUCAGAAGAAUAUUCGUCGGCGCGUUUAUGAUGCAUUAAAUGUUCUAAUGGCCUUAAAUGUACUUCAAAAAGAGAAAAAGGAGAUCCGUUGGGUUGGACUGCCCGUAAAUAUGAUAGAAGAGUGUCGGCGUUUGGAAGAAGAGCGUGAAAAGCGACAGAUUUCUCUGCGGAAUAAAACUGUUGAAAUACAAGAUCUCAUCAUGCAAUUGAUUGCUUUUAAAAACCUUGUAAUGCGCAAUAAAAUCAAUGACCGUUGUAGACGUAAUGGUAUGGUUUCAGAAUCUAACACUUGUGGUGGAUCACGUAACAUCGAUACUGAUUCAGAUAAAAUGACAUCUAAUGGUACUUCGAAAAUUCGUAAUGAAAAGAUUCCUUUACCAUUUUUGGUGAUAUCCACUCACAGGAAAACUGUUAUUGACUGCAAUAUAUCUACUGAUAAGUUGGAAUAUUUAUUUAAUUUCGAUCAAGCCUACGAGAUACGUGAUGAAGUUGAUACCUUAAAACGCAUGGGUUUAAUGCUACGCCUAGGUACUAUUCAUUGUACACAAGAGGAGUAUAAUCAAUGCUUAGAGUUAGUACCACCAUCUCUAAGAUUUUAUGUAGAGGCCAUUUACGAACGACGUCAGGCCAUUGUACCUGACUUUGAGGCGCUUCAUCAACAAAGAAGGUUAUUCGUUGAAGCCAGAUUAGCUGCUGCGGCUGCAGCCGGUCAUACUGAUGAAGGUGGUGACUCUAUGGGAUCCGGUGGUCAUGGAGGGCCAGUUAACGUGCAUCAACAGUUAGAUCACUCUUUACGUAGCAGUCAGCGACCACCACUGGAUACCAACUCUCAUUAUACUAGCUUGUUCGAUACAGCGAAUACAAGUGUAAAUGAAGGUGGUUUACGGCAACUCUAUUUAAAUCGAAGUCCAGACGAUGAAGACGGUGGUCAUAUUUCUGGAUCUGUUUCUAAUAGUGGAUUUGUGCCUGGUGAUACUCAGCAUUAUGCUCGUGCAGCCGCAUCUCGUGGUUAUGUUGUACCAGGUGGUCCAGGCGGACUUUUACGCCAUCGACAGCAUACUCCAUCUUCCGGAGUUUCUAGCAUUUUAAACCGUCAGUUUAGAAGUGAUGGAGCUUCUCGCAUGGUAUUAAUUAAGUUUAAUCCUAACCAAAGUUUCAUGUAUGAAGUAAUUGUCUCUAUUAAAAAAACGAGCUUUUCUACAAAACAGUCGACGAAUUCUGACGUUGGACUAUAUCGACCACCUUGUAAGUAUGGGAGAACCUGUUAUCGAAAAAAUCCUCAACACUUUGGAGAAUUUUAUCAUCCAGAUCAUGAAGUAUUGGUUGGGCACCAUACUACAAACUCAAACAGCACCAAAGAUUCAGAAGACGUAUCAACCAAUGAAAAUUUCUAUGGCAUUUAUCUCUUUCGCGUAUCUGGUGUAAAGUACGGUAGAAUUCCUACUAUAACCUUAAAGGAAAUUCUUAAUUCCUCUGAUGAUGAACUUGUAUCUUCAAUUCAAUUUAAUUAUAUGUUUGAUAUACCAUGGCUAAGGGAACAAUAUCCUGAGCGCUUCAGAUCACUACCACUCACUAUUGUACACGGUUUCCAAGGUAAAAUGAAAAAAUCAUUAGAUGAAUCUGCUGGAAAUUACAGUAAUAUACGAAUUUGUCAAGCCCAUAUACGUUUGCCAUACGGUACACAUCAUACAAAAAUGAUGAUGCUCAAAUAUAAAGAUGGUUUAAAAAUUAUCAUUCAUACAGCGAAUAUGAUAUCAGAUGAUUGGGAUCGAAGAACUCAAGGAAUUUGGAUUAGCCCGAAAUUAAAGUUAUUAAGCACGGAACAACUGAAGCACUUGAAUGAUACAGAUUCAAGAACUAAUUUUCGUGCAGAUCUACUUGAGUACUUAAAAUCAUAUGGGAGAGAUUUAACCCAGUCAACCAGUUCACCCUUAUUUGAAUGGAUUAAUUGUUUGCACAGUUAUGAUUUUCGACCAAUUAAGGUUGUAUUAAUUGCAUCAGUCUCCGGAAGACAUGUCGGCGAGUCACUAAACAAAUUUGGUCAUACACGUUUAGGAGAGGUAUUACACACAUGUAAUAGUCAAAUACCUUCGUCUUGGCCAGUGAUUGGCCAGUUUUCAAGCAUUGGUUCUUUAGGUCUUAAACCUACGGAUUGGUUUACCACUGAGUGGUCAUCAAGUUUAGCCGGUAGAGGUGCCAGAGGCCUACGAAUGAUUUAUCCGUGUGUUGAAGAUGUUCGUAAUAGUUUGGAAGGUUAUUUUGCCGGUGGAUGUUUACCAUAUACAAAGAGAACAGCUGAAAAACAACCAUGGCUUUGUCAGUUCUUUUAUCGCUGGCAUGCUUUUGAACAUAGUCGAUGUUCUCCUCACAUUAAGUCAUACACUAGGAUAUCACCAGAUGGUCAACAGAUAGGAUGGUUUCUUCUGACUAGUGCAAAUCUUUCAAAAGCUGCUUGGGGUGCAUAUGAAAAAUCAAAAACUCAAUUGGUGAUUCGUUCAUAUGAACUGGGUGUGCUGUUUUUGCCAACAAAUUAUAAGGAAUCAGCCCAUUCAUUUGAAGUUUUAAAAAACAAUGCAAAAUAUUCUCAAUCAUCAACUGAUGGAUUAUUACCCUUUCCUAUUCCAUAUGAAUUACCUCCAUUGAAAUAUCAAUCAAACGAUGAACCAUGGAUUUGGGAUAAACCUCAUAGUCUACCUGAUAUAUUUGGUCAUAUUUGGGAGCCCUCUUGA